AUGACCAUCCCCACUCUCCUCCCUCCCCGUCUGGUCCGUGGACUGUGGACACAGAUGCUCUCAGCGGCUAUCCGAGUCGAGGAAGCCGAAGCCGACGCCGAAGCCGAAGCGACCAGCUACCGUGGCCGGCACCGCGCACCUCGAAUCUCGUCCGGAUUCCGGCCCGGGCCUACUGGGGCCACCCCCUGCCCACCGUCCGCGGCACUGCUCGCUCGCCUCUGCCCUUCCCGGCUCGGCCCCUUCUCCUCCCCCCCCCUCCCCCCUCCCCUCCUUUACGCUUUGCCUCCCGAAGCUGCCGCCGGUGUGGGUUGGCCCGGCCAGCCGGCAGGAAUGGGUUCGGGCGCCCCCAGGAACGGCCUGGAGGAUGGUGACGGCAGCCCUGUCGAGGGUCGGAGCCCCGGCUUGAAGCGUGAAGCCGACAGCCUGUCCAAGGACGGCGAGGGCGACACGUCGGCGGCGCCGGGCGACGAGGACGUGCCCGACUCGAAGAAGCGGAAGAAGACGACGGGCCGCAGCUCGAGCAGCCGAGGCGUCGCCAACCUCACGCCCGAGCAGCUGGCCAAGAAGAGGGCGACCGGUAGGCUCCUCCCUUCCCCUCGGCCCGGUCCCGUCAUGGCUCGAGAUGACGUCCCCCCUCUCCGCGCCGACGAUGGCCGUGAUGCGAUGCUUCGUCCGUACGCGUCCGUACCUCGGCCACGUCCAUCCGCUGACUCGACCGACGCAGACCGCGAGGCCCAGCGCGCCGUGCGCGAACGCACGAGGAACCAGAUUGAAACGCUCGAGAGGCGCAUCCAAGAGCUCACCAGCCUCGAUCCCUACCAGGAGCUGCAGGCCGUCGUCCGCUCCAAGGAGGCCGUCGAGAAGGAGAACGCGGCGAUCAAGCGGCAGCUGGCGUCCGUCGUGGGCAUACUGAACCCCAUCAUCGGUGCCGGCAAGUCAUCCAUCCCCAUCCCCCCUCCCCCGUCGCCCGUGUCGUGA